UUUGAAGAGUUUCCUUGGAAACCCCCCCUCCUUGUUUUAAAACAUGUAAGGACACAAAACCUAGGAAGCCCUCCAGCAAAUCUGAAGUCUGGUCCGUGAAGGGGUUUGGAGAAGCUCGCCUUGUUUCGAAAACGGCCAGACUCAGGGAUCCGCCGCCGUGUGGAAACCGCGCCCGGCUGACGCUCAGAUGGAAACAGGAGGAACGCAUCCCGGUCUCGGCACGGGGAGCCGCCUGGAGCCCGCACACCUAGCCUGACGGCGUGCCCGCCACGGUCGCCAGGCACCCCCGGGGGCGGCUUCCGCCCGCCCGCCUGCUCCCUUGACAGUAACGAGGCUGAGAAGGGAUGGAGCGGCGAGUGUGACUUCGGGGAAGAGCCCUGGAAGCCGGGCGGAGUUUGAGUCCUGGCGUGGGAGCGGGCGGGGUGCGGAGCGCCAGGAAGGCAGCGGGCGAGCGCGCGCGGGGGAAAGAGCCUUGCAAGCCCCGCGGGGUUGCAUUCCCGGCGUGGGAGCGAGCGGGGUGCAGCGCCAGAAAGGGCGCGCCGGGGAAAGAGCCUUGCAAGCCCCGCGGGGUUGCAUUCCCUCAGGGGCAGCCGGUGGGCCGGGAGCUGGCGGAGCGGGCGCGCGCCACCGCCGAAGCCGAAGCCGGAGCCGGAGCAGGAGCCGGGGCGGGAGCGGGAACCGGGGCGGGAGCGGGAGCCUGGGCGGGAGUGGGAGCGGGACCGGGAGCCGGAGCCGCGGUGCUGCGCAGAGCCGGACAGGUGCGGCCAGCAGCCCGGAGCGCAGCCGCGCGCCCUCUCCUCCCCUCCCUUCCUCUCCCCGCGGACGUCGGCGCGGCGCGGACUCGGGCGCCGGGGCUCCCGCAGGAUGGGCCCGCGCGGGGUGCUGCUUUGCCUGCUCCCCUUGCUGCGAGCCGCCGAGCGCCCCGAGGGCCGGGCCGACGAGCCGGGCCUGGAGGGGGCCCUGACCGUGCCCAACGCCUCGCACUUCUUCUGGAGCAACUACACCUUCUCCGACUGGCAGAACUUUGUGGGCCGGAGGCGCUACGGGGCCGAGUCCCAGAACCCCACGGUGAAAGCCCUGCUCAUCGUGGCUUACUCCUUCAUCAUCGUCUUCUCGCUCUUCGGCAACGUCCUGGUCUGUCAUGUCAUCUUCAAGAACCAGCGAAUGCACUCGGCCACCAGCCUCUUCAUCGUUAACCUGGCGGUCGCCGACAUCAUGAUCACGCUGCUCAACACGCCCUUCACCUUGGUCCGCUUUGUGAACAGCACAUGGGUGUUCGGGAAAGGCAUGUGCCAUGUCAGCCGCUUUGCCCAGUACUGCUCCCUGCACGUCUCAGCACUGACGCUGACGGCCAUUGCUGUUGAUCGCCACCAGGUCAUCAUGCAUCCAUUAAAACCCCGGAUCUCCAUCACAAAAGGUGUCAUCUAUAUCACAGUCAUCUGGACCAUGGCUACGUUUUUUUCACUCCCACACGCUAUCUGCCAGAAGUUAUUUACCUUCAAGUACAGUGAGGACAUUGUCCGCUCCCUAUGCCUGCCAGACUUCCCUGAGCCAGCUGACCUCUUCUGGAAGUACCUGGACUUGGCCACCUUCAUCCUGCUUUACAUCCUACCCCUCCUCAUCAUCUCCGUGGCCUAUGCCCGAGUGGCCAAGAAGCUGUGGUUGUGCAACACAAUUGGGGAUGUGACCACAGAGCAGUACCUGGCCCUACGGCGUAAGAAGAAGAAGACCAUCAAGAUGCUGAUGCUGGUGGUGGUCCUCUUUGCCCUCUGCUGGUUCCCUCUCAACUGCUAUGUCCUCCUCCUGUCCAGCAAGGUCAUCCACACCAACAAUGCCCUCUAUUUCGCCUUCCACUGGUUUGCCAUGAGCAGCACUUGCUACAACCCGUUUAUCUACUGCUGGCUCAAUGAGAACUUCAGGGUUGAGCUGAAGGCAUUACUGAGCAUGUGCCAAAGGCUGCCCAAGCCCCAGGAGGAAAGGCCGCCCUCCCCAGUCCCUUCCUUCAGGGUGGCUUGGACAGAGAGCGGUGGCCGGAGGGCUCCACUAGCCAACAACCUCUUGCCCUCCUCCCAACUCCAGUCUGGGAAGACAGACCUGUCUUCUGUGGAGCCCAUUGUGGCAAUGAGUUAGAGGGUAGUGGGAAGAGGCAGGGGGAGGGCUCUGUCUCCAGCUGAGGUUGUAAAAGGGCCUGAGGACAGAGCCUGGAAAAAACCCUGUCCUCUCACACAAUGACCUUCACAGUGCCGGAAACAAGGUCCUAUAGAAGCCAUAGGACCCUUGAUUGCCUAGGAAACACUGUCUAGCCUCCUACCCCGUUUGAUGUGAAAACUAAAAGACAACUACCAAUUAGACAAGUGUUUAUGAAUUCCUGUCUAAGAAAUGCUGUGAGGCGUAUCACCGUCGUUCCCUGAGCCAGCGAACCCAGGACAGCUUCAGCCCACACAAGGGCUGACUCAGCCAGCUGCCUAACAACCUUCCCUGCCACCGAAUGUUCGUAAAGGACAGCUGAGUCAUACUUUGGGUGUGGCUGACCCCAAUGCACAGAACUGUACUUGAACAAGGUUCAUUGGCCAGUGAAAGGUGAGGGAGCCACCGCUGACAUGGAAGGUUUAUUUUGCCUCACCUUCUGAAGACCUGUGCGAGGAUGAAUCACAAUGGUGUGGCAUCUGGCUGGAUAGAUGACAAGAAAGAACCAAUUCGGUCCCUUAAAAUAAAGAGGAAUUACUGAGUUCUCUUAAAGAAGAAUUAUUAUUAAAACUUGGGAAAAUUAGGAAAGCACAAAGAAGAAAACAAAAAUCACCCCCUUCUGCCACCAACGGUGAUGAAUUUCGUUAAUAUGCUGUGGAUUUAUUUGCAACUUCUUCCUUUGCGUGCGUGUGUGUGCACACUCUUCCUUGCAUUCUGAAUUAGUUUUCCAUGUAGAGAUAAGCAAGAAACAGGGCAUAACAGAGAACUUCUGAGCCCCUCUCCCAGGAGUGAUGUCCACCGGAAGAAUUGGAAGAAGAGGUGGGAGAGGAACCCAAGGAGAAGGCUGUCAUGGAGCCAACAGACUGCCCUCAUCUUGUAGCCAGUGGCGGGAAAGGCCUGGAUGAAGUACCUCUUCUCGGAUGGCGGCCAUCAUGAUGAGCCGGGGAACAAAACUCAUCUCGGAGGCAUAAUUCCUUCUUUCCUGCACUCACAUGGAACAAGAGGUGGUAAAACAUUGCCCUGCCUUUACAGGAGAUGAUGGGGCAGGCUCUCCAACAUGCCGGAAAUAAUUGCACUUAGACACUUCAAAUCCUCCCAAGCUGUCUAGACAGGCCACUUCUCUGUGUUGUCUGAAUAAAAAGGCUUCUUCACGCCAGUUCCCCAAAGACGACUCACUUGUCAACAUCACCCUGGCGGCUCACAUGUCCUUCAGAAACCUAUGACACCAUGAUAGUCCUUAAGGACUCAACAUGCCAGAGAAAUCUCAUUCCAGAGACUGAGUGUUUUCAUCACCUUCCGUCUGGUCCUGAGUGACUCACUGUCACCCAGGAGACACAGGCAGAAUAGAACUAAAUUCACCCACCCUAAAUAAUUGCCAUUCGCACACUGGUUUUAGGUUUCUUUCUAGCACCAGAUAGAUCUUGAAAGCAAACAUGGAUAUGGAGCUGAGUGGGAAACUGAGGUCUGGGGAGAAGAGCUUUGUCCAAGGUUCACUUAGGUCUCUUGACUGCUCAUUGAAACAACUUGGUCAUAUCAUCUGCUUCCUAUAAUGAACCAUGGGGGUUCAUUAUCCUACUCUCUCUAUUUAUGAGAAUGUUUGAAAUGUUUGACUUUCAUGGGACAGAGAGGCUUCUAAGCCAUAUGGAUCCCAAGAUGGAUUUUUCAGGUCAAAUGCUUUCAGGCCUGUGCCUACUGUCUCUGUGAUGUCAAGAAGUAGCUAAUGGUUUCAUCUUAAUGCUGCCAUGGAAAUUCUUUGAACCAGAAAGAAAAGCAGCAAGACUACAGAUAAUUUGUCCUGCUCUGGACUCAUGGGGAAAGCGUCACUUUUCCUCAUUGCUGAGGGCAUCUAGAAAUGCUGCCAAGUCAGAGGAGGCCCUUCUCUGCAGGGGAAGACCCACAGAUGGCCCAUUAGGUCUGGGUCUCCCACAGUACCUUGUCUUCCCCAUUCCCCUUGUUCUCUGUGUGCCUCAGAGCAAAAGGCAAUUUGUAUUUGUAAAUGUAAAAUUUGUUGAACUUGAGUCUUUCCGAUGUGUCAUAAUGAAUGCUUUACUGUAAAUGCUCCAGUCUCAAUAAAAUAUAUUUUGGAUGCAUGGGCUAUGCUUCUUGGACUUCUGAUUAAACCACAAUUGGUAGCCUUUAAAAUGGGGGUCCAUGUGGAUCACAAAGAGAGCAUGAAGACCAACUGCCCACACCGCUGCGUGUUACAACUGAGGAAGCACAAACAUGCUUUGGCUAGGGUAAAUAGCCAGCUGGAAAUCUCUGAUCUCAGUCUAGGGCUUCUUCCAUUGAGCUGGCUGCCAUGUCCCCUCUUUGGUGAUUAUGAAUCUGUGCUGAGGACCCAGGACUCCACCCAUUACCCCUUGGUGAUUCGGGAGGAGGCGGAGCUGUCCCUGGAGCUUUGGGAUUCGUUCUGCCACUCACAGUGUGCAAUGGAUGCCACAUUCCUGUGUUGACCAGGAUUUCUGCCCCCUUGGGCCUGGGGUCCCCUUGUCCUACCAGGUAAGCUGGGUAGGGGCCUUCGUGGUAUACAUAAUUACUCCGAUGCCACCCAGAGCCCAGGAAAUCAGCAUCACAUAAUUUCACGGAAGGUUGUAUAUAGGGGUAAUUUACUGCGUCUAGGAGAAGACUUGAAAGAAAAAUGAAAAGGAGAAGGGAAGUAAGAUUUGCUGACACCUAAUAUGAGAGAUACUAUGCUAAAUGG